CGAGUAACGGCACGAGCAUACCAGUGAGAUUUUAAGCAAUUACACAACAAUUUUACUGUCCCAUUUCUAUCAAAAGUUAAAUUUGACCCAAUUCACCAUGUCUGAGUUAUUCAACAUCUUUGGAGACAGCCUGACGCACCAGCCAACAAGAAAUGUGGCACGCCAACCGUUAUUCAACAUCGAGAAUAUGGGCAAAACUGUCUCAAAUGGCCCAAUCAAACCCAACGAGCCAUUGAAAAAGGGCGCCGAACCGAAGAAAACUUUCCUUUGUAACAAAGGGAAAGCCUUACAAAGCACGCCUAUGCGACAGGCUUUCACGCCGCGCGCGGUCUACGUCGGAGCCCUAAUCUACAACGACGCUGACGCUAAGUCUGACGAUGCUGUAAACUUUGAAGAGUUGGAGUUCACUAGACCUGUUUACAAAUAUGACAAUUACACUAAAGACUGGCUUGACUACCUGCCCCUGCCAGAACCGGAGCUGAAGCGGCUGUCCCUGUCUCCGCAGCGCACGCCGCCGCCCAACACGCGCCGCCCCACCCUGGACUUUGACUGCUCCUACCAGGAUGAAUUCUUCACAGAUGAUUUCUCAAAUGAAAGUAUCCCAGAUCCAAAUGACAGUGACCUGGGCUUGCCGGACAUUUAUUAAGUUGAUUUAUUAUUUGAAUUAUAGUAUUAAUGUAUAUUUUAAUAAUGAUUUUUACAUUUUUGACACAGUAUUAAAUUCAUACAACAAAAUAAGAACUUGUGAACUUUCUAUACUUAUUAAUUUCAAGGUUUUAAUUAGGUAUUAUCUUGCCUGUCUAAAUAAUUGUAUAUAUACAUAUAUAACAAGGUUGGUUUAUAAUGUCACAAAAUGCACAAUAUAAAUGUUUAACCAAAACAUUACAUAGUUUCAUCAAGUAUAGUUUUUCAAUGUGCGCUUGUAAAUCAUUCUUAUUGUAUUGUCACAUCAUUAUUAUGAAAUUCUUAACUUUCCAUGUUCCUAUUUUCUUUAAAUACAAUCAUAAUCUUGUAAGUAGUUGGUUUAUAGAAAUGAUAAAUCACCAGUAAUUAUGGAUUUAAAUAUCCACGAUUUUUACACAUACUUAAAACUAAAAAUGGGCUCUUAAUUGCCUAAAAUUAUGUUUUUAAACAAACUAUUAAACAUUUAAACUUAAAUAUUAAGUCCCAUUUUUAAUUUUAAAGUUUAAAUGUUUUUAUUAGUACUCCUGAGCAAAUAUGUCACUCAAUGUUACUGCUUUUAAAUUGAAUAAGGAAAUGAAUAUAGAUUAGUAAUUCUAGCUUAGCUUAGAUUAACAUAAUUGUAUAAUUAAGUGUUUUAUAAUGACUUGUGAUAUUUAUUACUAAUUCUUUUUAGGAAUGAAAAUGAUUUGAGAUUGAAAAACAUUUCUAUUAAUCAGACAUUUAUUAUUUACACAACCUUAACAAUAGUAUAAAUUUAUAGGUAAUAAAUAUUCUUAUAUCCUAGGCUAGGCAAUAUUUUGCUUGUUUUAAGAGACAAACAUUUCAUCAGCAUUUUAUGAUAAAUGAUAUUGAAAAUCCAUUUUAUUGAUAAGCUUAAUCAUAACUAUUUAUUCUAUGAAUAUAUAUUCUCUAUUGAAUUGCACU